AUGAGUCAACCAGCCACGCCUGGGCCUGGUUGGCCUAACGAACCGGCCUCACUCGAGCGACUGCCACCUGAGCUUCUCCUCCCCAUCGUCACCAGUCUACCUGGCCUCGACACACUAUGGAACUUAAUGAGGGCAUCACCAAACACGCUCCGCCUUUUCAACUGCCAUGCUAUCGCCGUCACUGAAGGAAUACUUUCCGGCCCGAAUUCUAUACUGCCACCAAAAGUCCAAGAACUCGUUCGCGGAGUUAUUCUUUCGCGAUCCAAAGCCCUUCCUUUCAAGAAUCUGUACGAGUUUCGAGUCCGCUUCAUGUGUGGGCUCUUUGAUCUUUUCGUAGCGAGGGAUAUAGAGCUCAUACCUCUCGGACCUGGAACUCUGUCAGUCUCAAACCUACCGGUAGCCGUGGUUCGGUCUGUUAUCGCGACAGCAUACCAAGUCUCUGCUCUCUCGCAAGCAUGUUUGGCAUCAUGUUUGGAACGGUCCAGAGCUCUCAGGGUUUUGCAUCCUGUCGAUCCCAAGAUUUGCUACACAGAUGAUUAUGAUCGUCCGGACGAGAUGAUUCGAGCCUUUGAUCGUAAAUAUCCCGGUGCACCCGCCAAGAUAGCGGAUGCAGGGCAGCCAACCUGGGUGGAAGAGAUGCGGGUCGUUCGCGCUAUUUGGAUCAUCCAGAUGGUGGGCGAAAUGCGGCACCUCUCUGCAAACAAGGCAAACAUGAUCUGGCCGGAUGAAGAUAUCGACAGCUUUAACAAAAUGGAUCUGAUAGAUCUCUUUCGUGUUUACCGCACAAACUAUCAAGGAGAAGAGAUCAGGUCAGCCAUGGAAUAUCUGACGACACUUGAGGAGGUGACAAACGAUGUAUACUACCGUUUGCCCCGGCCGCCUCCAGCCUCGCCUGUUACGAGAUGGACAACGGCCUUGCCAAUUCCGGAGGACACUACCUGGGUUGUGCGUGGCUAUGUCAAGGACAGGGAGUUCCAUCGUUUGCGUCCGGGAUCUCCUGUGCCAGCGGGUGCCAGACCAAUAAAAGCUCCAAAGUACAGCGAAGACCAUAGUUGGGGCAAGACCGAAACCGCUUUGAAGUACGACUCCUUUGGCGUCGACUUUUUCAGAGACCUUACAAGUAACGGAGUUGGUCCUAGAGAGUCCCCAAUUACUGGUGUCAGGUUUGACUCUUUUCGUCCGCUCGGCUUUGCCUUUUGGGAUCGGUGGAGAAUGCACCUCUUGGGUCUGGCACCUCCUAUUCACAUCCGCAACGACUACUUUUACUAUUUUGCGUGGGAAAGUGUCUUGCCACCGGAAGAAGUUGAGAGCAUCAAGAAUGGGCUUCGAGAGGAGUGGUGGAAAUCAAUGGCUAUCUAUAACGCCAGGCUUGCCGCGUCGCGUGCCCGGGAGAGGUAG